GUAGUUUAAUCGAAGAGAAGGGGUAAAGAGAGAUAGAAGGGGGGUAUAGAAGAGAGUUAGAGAACACUACAAAAUCUGAAUUCAUAAUAAACCCAACCCUCACUCACUUUCCACAAUAUUCAUAUUCAUCUUCAUCUUCAAAUCAAAAAAUUUACUCGAGCAACAUGAGUUCGUCUUCAAUCGACGCUUUUCCUGCAAUUCAGGAAAUUAUGCUGGAGUUUCGUGCUGGUAAAAUGUUUCUCCAGGGGAAAAAGGUGGUUCCCGAUACACGAAAAGGACUCAUUCGUAUUGCUAGGGGUGAUGAAGGACUAGUUCAUUUUCAGUGGCUUGAUCGCACACAAAAUGUUGUUGAAGAUGAUCAGAUAAUAUUUCCAAAUGAGGCUAUUUUUGAGCAGGUUAAUCAGACAUCUGGAAGGGUUUACAUAUUGAAGUUUAAUAGUGAUGACAGAAAGUUCUUCUUCUGGAUGCAGGAAUCUAAUGCUGAUAAUGACUCUCAACUGUGUAGCUCUGUGAAUGAUUACAUUAACAGACCAUUAGAGCUCCUUGGUGAAGAAGAGCCUGAUGAAUCCCUUCCACUUCAAGUUUCUGAGGAUAUGGCUGAGGAUGACAUCUCAUCUAGAGCCGCAAACUUAGUUGUCCCAAACUUGGGUAUGGAUGCAACUAGUGAUGUAACGUCUUCUGGUCCGGUUAAAUUGGAAGAUCUCCAAAGAAUACUGAGUAACAUUGGGCCCGCUUCAGAUAGCAUUCUUGAUCCUGAUGGAGGUUUGGGACUCGGUGACUUGUUGAAACCUGAUCUGAUCAUGCCAUUGAUGGCGACAUUACCCUUGGAGCAGCGCCUAGCUCCCUAUUUACCCGAGGGUACUUGGUCUCCAGAAGAUAUAUUGGAGUUGUUGCAGAGCCCACCUUUCCGCCAGCAAGUAGAUUCAUUUACAUAUGUGCUUCGAACAGGACAGAUUGAUUUGUCUCAGUUUGGAAUUGAUCCAAGUAAAUACAAGUUCACAGUUUUGUCUUUUCUUGAGGCUCUUGAGGAUUCUGUUUCCAAGUCCGAGGAAUCAAAACAAGAUGAUCAGGAAUUAAUAUCUCAAUCUUGUAGCCCAAUGGAUGAAUCAAAGUAGCGUGACCCUUUCAUCUUUUUUUCUAUAGAUACAAGAAACUUUGUUUUUUUGGCCAACAUAUUUUUCAUGUUUGAAAAGGGAAAUUUUAUAGGUGGUAAUUUAAUUGAGAUUCUUCAAGGCUAUAAUGAUUAAUAAAAUUCAAACCUAUUGAUUGUCAAAGAAAGGUUAUGGCUCCGAAGCUAAGAACUAUGAUUAUAUGUUUAGUUUCGAUGCAUGUUGGUUGUUUUGGAAAAUUGUUGUUGCGUCAAAAUUACUUGCUAGUAAACAUUUUUUUUGGAGAACUAGUAAACAAUUAUAUUGAUC